AUGAACUCGAGUCCUCCAGGAGUGGCUGAGGCUCUGGUGUUGUGUUUCCAGUCUCUGAACGAAUCGUGUCCUCGCGUCGUCUACUCCUUGGCCUUUCGUGCGCCUCUCUACCUCCUAUUCACUCUGGUCAUCACGCUGAUCAUCAGCGGUAACCUGCUGGUCAUCUGCAUCAUCGUCUGCUCCCAGAACCUGCAGACGGCCACGCACAACCUCAUCCUCUCGCUGUCUGUGGCCGGCCUGCUCCUGGGAGUCCUGGUGUUGCCGCCCAGCAUGGUGCGGUCCCUGGAGACAUGCUGGUAUUUCGGCAAAGCUUUCUGCAACUUCCACUCUGUCGCCGACAUCAUCCUGUGCAACACCACAGUGUGGCACCUGACGUUUAUAUCCGUUGAUCGCUACCUGGCCGUGUGCUGGCCCCUGCACUAUCAGAGCCGAGCGACCCACAGGCUCUGCAUUACCAUGGUCACGUCCAGCUGGGGGCUGGCUGCAGUUUUUGCAUUCGCUAUCACAUUGUCGAAUCCACAAAUUAAAAACAAAGACAGUUUUCACAAGGGUUGCGUGGGGGGAUGUUUCGCUCUCCAUACAAAAGAAAUUGGUAUAGAAUACUCCAUCAUGUUCUUCUUCAUACCUGUGUCAAUAAUAGUAAGCCUCUAUAGUAAGAUUUUUUUCAUAGCACAGAAACAUUCUAAGGUUAUUCACAGUUACACCAAUAAUUCCAAAUCUUGUGUACCGAUGGCUACUAAAGACCUCAAAGCUACCAAGACCCUGGCUCUAGUCAUUGGAAAUUUCAUUUUUUGCUGGACCCCAUUUUUCAUGUGUAAUAUUGUAGACCCUAUCAUAUAUCAUUCAAUACCAUCACUUUUGUAUGAAGUGCUGAUGUGGGUUGCUUACUUAAACUCGAUGUUUAACCCUUUAAUAUAUGCAUUGUUUUACAGCUGGUUUAGAGAAACUGCUAAGAUCCUGGUAACCAAACUGUUAAAGAAGUUUUAA